AAACACAGUCAUCGUCAAGCCCUUUUGUGUUCUGUUCUUCCUUCACCUAUUAAAAAGGAAAGCGUGAAGUGAAGCAGUAAACCCUAAACUCCCAACCUGAGAAAAAGAUUGAGAGAGAGACGAAGUUUAGAGGUUUCAGUGCGUAACUCAAGAAUCAAGAUGAUCAUCCCUGUUCGCUGCUUUACCUGUGGAAAGGUGAUUGGAAACAAGUGGGAUGCGUAUCUUGAUCUUCUCCAGCUCGACUACACUGAAGGGGACGCACUUGAUGCGCUCAACUUAGUUAGGUACUGCUGCAGGCGUAUGCUCAUGACUCAUGUUGAUCUGAUUGAGAAGCUUCUCAACUACAACACUCUGGAAAAAUCAGACAACUCUUAAGAAAAGGGUUAAGGAGGAUGCAAAUGUUCUGAAAGAGUCUCUCGUCAGAGACCUAUAUAUUAAAAACAUGUAUGAAACUCUCUGUGUACUGUUUGGUGUAGAAACUUCAAUCAAUCUGAGUCAUGUUGGUUUUAGACCGACGUUAACAUUUUGUCAUAUGUAUGUCAGUGCCUCUACUAUGUGUUAUGAAUGUUUCUUAGCAGAGAGAUGUGUUAUUGUUCUAAGGAAUUCAUCUUUCAUUA